UUGGUCUGCAAUGGGGUCAAAGUUGACACUAUGCGGAAGUAGCUUCGCUUGCACUCUUCCUGCAGCCUUUAUCCUCGCUCAAAAUUAUUUUGUUGUCCUUCACCGAGAGGUUACCAAAUGUGUGAUUAAUUCUGUUUUUUUGUCAUCGCAAGAACAGCAUAUACAUUACACUGACUGAGGUUUUUUGAGCAGCUGCCGCCAUGACGACCAUCGUCCACGACACCACCGAGGCGGUGUGCCUGUCUGCAGAGUACAACAUAUACCUGAAGCCCAUCGCCAAAAUGACGGUCAGUGUGACGCUCCCGCAGCUCAAGUUACCCGGAAAAAGCAUCUCCAACUGGGAGGUGAUGGAGCGCGUGAAGGCCAUGGUGGUCCCCGACCAGUUUGCAGCGCUGCGGAUCUCCAAGAGCACCAUGGACUUCAUUCGCUUUGAGGGAGAAGUGGAAAACAAAACGGUGGUGAAAAGCCUGCUGAGUCGUCUGGAUGGAAAGAGCAUCAAACUGAGUGGAUUUACUGACGUCUUAAAGGUCCGAGCAGUUGAAAACAAAGUGGACUUCCCUACAAGGCACGACUGGGAUUCGUUCUUUCGAGAUGCCAAAGACAUGAAUGAGACCCUGCCGGGAGAGCGGCCCGACACGAUUCAUCUGGAAGGGCUGCCGUGCCGCUGGUUCAGCCAGAAACAAGGCAACUUUCCGGAUCGGCCGUCGGAGGAGGCCCUCGUUGCUGUCUUUGAGAGCUUUGGCAAGGUGCGAAACGUCGACAUCCCUAUGCUGGAUCCAUACAGGGAGGAGAUGCUGGACAAGAACUUCAAUACUUUUAGUUUCGGAGGCCACCUGAACUUUGAAGCGUACGUCCAAUACCAAGAGUACUGCGGCUUCACCAAGGCCAUGGACACACUGCGCGGGAUGAAGCUGAUGCUGAAAGGAGAUGACGGAAAGGCUGUCGCCUGCAACAUAAAGGUGAGCUUUGAUACCACCAAGCAUCUGAGCGAGCUGGCCAUAAAGAAGCGAAACAUGGAGAGACUCAAGCUGCAGGAGUUGGAAAAACAGCGAGAGGAGCAGAAACGACGGAAGAAGGAGGAGGAAGAGCGACGCAAAGAGCAGGAGCGGAAACUGAAAGAGCAGGAAGCAGAGGAGAGGGAGAGGAAGAAGGAGGAGAGGCAGCGGAAACGCGAGCAGAAGCUGCAGGAGAGAGAGGAGAGGAAGAACCUGAAGAGGGUGAGGAAGCAGCAAGAGGAGGAGCAGAAGAAGCUUCAAUUGAAGAUCGCCAUGGAGGAGAGGAGGCUGCUUCUGGCUCAGCGGAACCUGGAAUCCAUCCGGAUCAUUGCUGAGCUGCUGUCCAGAGCCAAGGCCCUCAAGCAGCAGCAGCUGGAGAAGGAACGGGCUGAACGUGAGGAACACGAAAGGCAGGAGAAGGCCCGACAGGAGGAGGAACUGGCCCGCCAGCAGCAGCUUGAGGCCCGCCGCCGCGAGCAACAGGAGGAGCUCCUCAGGGUGGAACUGGAGAAGGAGCGGGCUUUAGACCUCCAGCGGCGGGAGAAAGAGCUGAGAGAGCGGUUGCUCUCCAACAUGUUGAAGAAGAGCUGUGAGAAACCAACCGGAGAGCCCGGCUCGCAGGAGCAGGCCGAUCCUUCAGGUAGGGAGGAGGCCUCUGAUGCUGCUAGGGAAAAUGCGACGCCGGGCCAGGUGAGCGGCAUGACUGCAGUAGGGGGCAUGUCCAAACCAGGUGUCCAAAGUAGAGGAACAAAGGAAAGGAAAGGAAGUGAGAAUGUAAGGAAGACUCGCGAGGAGAAAAGGAAAGAGGAGGUGAGGAGCAGGUGCAGCGAGGACAAUGCAAGACAGCACAACAGCUCACACAGAGACCGGAGCUCUAGGAGCCGUGGGAGGAGGCGUCACUCCAGCGGGAGCAGAAGAAGGAGCUCCAGUCACCACAGGACCUCCAGUCAUCACAGGAGGAGCUACAGUCCACACCGGAACAGGAGGCGUAGUAGCCACAGCCACUGGAGCAGGAGCACCAGCUCCAGCCGGGACAGGAGCAGGAGCAGCAGUGGGAGGAGCCACAGCAGGGGGAGGAGUCGGCUUGACAACGCCCGCCGGAAAUACAGCAGAGGGAGCUCCAGGAGCAGCAGCAGGGGCAGAGACAGGAGCCGAUAUCGGCGUGGAUGCCGGAGACGCAGCUACAGCAGAGACAGGAGUCACUCCAGAAGAUAAACACACUCCUCACUUCUUCAGGAUGUUCUUCAUUUGGGCUUUUGGUGACCAAAAGCAAGAAAACGAGAAACACAGCAGUUGAUAACACUUCAAUACAAGCAGCAUGUGAAAUUUAAUGGAAUUCAAUUACAUGCCCAUUUUACUCACCUGCCGGUUUAUUAGGUACAUCCUUACUAAACAACUGAGUCCAUCUGCAUUUUUAGCCUUUAGAAAUAAAACAGAUGAUAAAUACUACUAUUGACCCUGUGAUUGACAUUGACAACCAGUCCAGGGUGUACCCCGCCUCUCGCCCAAAGACAGCUGGCAUAGGCUCCAGCACCCCCUGCGACCCUCAUGAGGAAAAAGCAGUAGAAAAUGAAUGAAUGAAUACUAAUAUUGACUCAACUAGGAGCCUCCACAAUGUUUACAAAUGACCUCCAACAAGCCCUGGGACCACCUCUCCUGCUAAGUGAAUAACACGGGAUGCUGCUCUUACACAAAUGUGUACUUUACACUUGAAGACUCCGUCUCAGGCUGCCUCCAAUAUUUCUGACGUUAGUUUUGAUGUCGUGUUUUUGCCGAGCAGCUCUGGAAAACUCAGGAUUUCAAACCCCAAGAGUGAUGCUUUAAAGGGUACAAACAUCUUUAUUUCCCAAGAGACAGACUUUUUUUGUUGUUGUUGUUGUUGUUGCAAUUGUCUGAACGAUGCUCCCCCUCACGGUGAACCAGGGUGACGGCCAGUUAGCAGGAAUAAUGACAUUACAAAGGCGGUAGAAAGAUAUGGUUUAUAAAUAUUAGUACAUAGUGAUAUGCUUGACAAACGGGAACGUGCCAUCCCAAAGUUUUACUUGAGAAAAUGUUAAUAAUGACUGGUAUCAUUUACAAAAAUACAUUUAGGACAAAGUUCAGUGGACAAAAUAAUUGUAUUUAUUUCAUGUUCUAAUGACCGUAGAUCCCUGAUGUUCCUGACUUACCUGGCAUUUUGUCAGAUAUAAGCAGAAGAAAGAGUAAUCACAGCAUAACCUCCAUAAAUAAGGGAAUGAUGGGAUUGUCUCCAUUGCUUUCAUACUUUACAUUGUAGCUCUGGCUGAGGAUACUCGUGGCUAAAGACUGCUUUUAACUGGAUUAGAGUGUUUCAAUUUGUCACGUCUGUACUGUGUAGCCGAGUCCUGGGGCUUGUUCAACAUCAGGCAGU